UAUUUUGUGUCCUACUGAACCUGCACUACUCUCUCUCUCUCUCUCUCUCUCUCUGUGUUCUAUAAACGCAAACAUACGUUCUCGUUUAUCUUUCUUCUCUAUAUUUUCUCUCUUCGAGACAUGGCGGAUGUUGUGGAACUGCCGAGUCGACUAGCAGUUCUUCCAUUCAGAAACAAAGUCCUUUUACCUGGCGCAAUCAUACGGAUUCGCUGCACGUCGUCUAGCAGUGUGAAAUUGGUUGAGCAAGAAUUAUGGCAGAGGGAGGAGAAGGGUAUGAUUGGGAUUCUGCCCCUCCGAGAUUCUACUGAGACGACGGUGGUGGGUCCCAUGCUAUCUCCAGGCGAAGGGACUGAUUUGGGAGAGCGAUGCUCAAAAAGUCAAGGAGCUAUAUCAGAUCCUCACAAGUUUGAUGGAAAAAGUCAGCAGGAAGUAUUUCACUGGCAUACCAGGGGAGUUGCAGCUCGAGCUUUACAUCUCUCACGAGGAGUGGAAAAGCCAAGCAGGAGGGUCACAUACAUAGUUGUUCUAGAAGGCUUGUGUAGAUUUAGUGUCCAGGAGCUUAGUACAAGAGGAACCUAUUAUACUGCACAUAUUUUGCCUCUUGAUAUGAUGAAAGCUGAGAUGGAACAAGUAGAGCAACAUCCAGAUUUCAUUGCAUUGUCACGUCAAUUUAAAGCCACCGCCAUGGAGCUUAUCUCUGUUCUGGAGCAGAAACAAAAAACUGGGGGUAGGACAAAAGUUCUUCUGGAGACGGUUCCUGUACACAAACUGGCAGAUAUCUUUGUUGCUAGUUUCGGAAUUAGCUUUGAAGAGCAGCUAUCGAUGCUGGAUUCAGUGGAUGUGAAAGUAAGGCUUUCAAAAGCCACAGAAUUAGUUGAUAGGCAUUUACAGUCAAUUCGUGUAGCUGAGAAGAUUGCACAAAAAGUUGAGGGACAGUUGUCAAAGUCGCAGAAAGAAUAUCUUCUUCGUCAGCAGAUGAGGGCUAUAAAAGAGGAGCUUGGUGACAAUGAUGAUGAUGAGGAUGAUUUGGCAGCCUUGGAAAGGAAAAUGCAAAGUGCAGGAAUGCCUCCAGAUAUAUGGAAGCAUGCACAGAGGGAACUAAGGAGGCUAAAAAAAAUGCAACCUCAGCAACCUGGAUAUAAUAGCUCCCGUGUCUACCUAGAGCUUCUUGCUGACUUGCCCUGGCAGAAGGCUGAUGAAGAACUUGAACUGGAUCUAAAGGCUGCAAAGGAGCGUCUUGAUAGUGAACACUAUGGUUUAGUGAAGGUCAAGCAAAGGAUAAUUGAAUAUUUAGCUGUUCGCAAGCUCAAACCAGAUGCGAGAGGCCCAGUAUUGUGCUUUGUUGGCCCACCAGGUGUUGGAAAGACAUCUUUGGCAUCGUCCAUUGCUGCUUCUCUGGGCAGAAAAUUUGUGCGCAUAUCCCUUGGUGGUGUGAAGGAUGAGGCGGAUGUUAGAGGGCACAGGAGGACAUACAUAGGAAGCAUGCCAGGGCGACUUAUUGAUGGAUUAAAGAGAGUAGCUGUUUGCAAUCCAGUGAUGCUGCUGGAUGAGAUUGACAAGACAGGUUCGAAUGUUCGGGGUGAUCCAACUUCAGCACUGCUGGAGGUUCUUGAUCCUGAACAGAACAGAACAUUUAAUGAUCAGUAUCCUCAUUCCUUCACGAUUUGUUUCAGUGAAUCAUCCACUUCUUUCUUCUUCAUUACUCAUAAUUUCUUUAUAUUUAUCGAAGUCUCCUUGGGAAAAAUUUAUUUAAGUGUUCCAUUUGACCUUUCAAAGGUUAUUUUUGUGGCAACAGCAAAUAGGUUACAGCCUAUUCCUCCACCACUCUUAGACAGGAUGGAAGUCAUCGAGCUGCCAGGAUACACACCUGAAGAAAAGCUCAGGAUAGCAAUGCGACAUUUAAUUCCACGAGUUCUGGAUCAGCAUGGCUUGAGUUCUGACUUCCUUCAAAUUCCCGAGGUUAUGGUGAAGCUUGUCAUUCAAAGGUACACUAGAGAAGCUGGUGUUCGGAAUCUGGAAAGAAACUUAGCUGCCUUAGCUCGUGCAGCAGCUGUAAGAGUUGCAGAGCAAGAACAUGCUGUUCCCCGCAGCAAAGAUGUCCAGGGCCUUGCUUCAUCACUAGAGGAGAGCAGACUUGCUGAUGGAGCUGAAGUUGAUAUGGAAGUCAUUCCUAUGGGUAUCAGUAAUCAUGGCAUAUCAAAUGAAUUCAGGGUCACCUCACCUUUGAUUGUAGAUGAAGCGAUGCUGGAAAAAGUGCUAGGGCCUCCAAGGUAUGGUGACAGAGAAACUGCAGAACGGGUUGCCACUCCUGGGGUAUCUGUUGGGCUGGUUUGGACAGCAUUUGGUGGGGAGGUUCAAUUUGUGGAGGCUGCUGAAAUGGUUGGAAAGGGUGACCUACAUCUCACUGGCCAACUGGGUGAUGUUAUCAAGGAAUCAGCACAUAUAGCGUUGACAUGGGUAAAUUUUUCUCUUUAUCAUUUGUUUUUCAUGUGUGCUGAACAAAAAGGCCCAAAUCUUUUCCAGUCAUAUGUCACGUACCUUAUUUUUGUAGGCAAUAAGUGA